AUGGAUCAAAAAGCAGGGACUCUACAGCAUGAGCCAUUGGCUCGUAAUCAGUGCCUUGGUGGAAGAAGGGAAAACCGGAGGUUUUGGCUGACUGACGGAUCCUACUUACACCAAAGGCAACCGCCUCUCUACAACCAAGAGGGGACAAUUGAGGAAAAGACUGAUCAAGGAGGUCAUGAUCCUGUGGGCAGGCCAUCAGACAUUUCAUCUUCACUUCUCAUCUCUCUCAACAAUUUUAUGCAAUUUUUUCUGUUUCCUGGGAAAAACAUGUGGAGGCUAUCGUGGCACUAUCUACUCCUCUGCCUCUUCCUGUUGGACUUGAAUUUUCAAGCCAUUUCCUCAUCUUCUUAUAACUUUUCUUCUCGUUCAAUCAAACUUUGCUCCCAUGAACAAAGCUCUGCCUUACUCCAUUUCAAAAGCACCUUAAAAAUUCAUAGUCCUUCUUACUAUCCUUGUGGAGAAUAUCAUUAUCCUAAGAUAGAUUCUUGGAAAGAGGGAAGUGAUUGCUGCUCAUGGGAUGGGGUCACUUGUGAUAGCUACACAGGUCAUGUCAUUGGCCUUGACCUUUCUUCUAGUUGGAUCCAUGGCACUGUCAAUGACAAUAGUAGUCUCUUCCUCCUUCACAAUCUCCAGAAUCUCAAGCUUGCUUGCAAUGAUUUCAGUGAAUCCACAAUCUCAUCCAAGUUUGGUCAAUUCACGAAAUUAACACAUCUUAACCUUUCUUUCCCUAGAUUCCAUGGCGUAGUUCCAACUGAAAUCUUUCACCUAUCUAAACUUGUUUUGCUUGACCUCUCUGGUGGUUUUUCCCUUAGAUUACCCUUACUGCACCAACAUGUUUUUGGUAAGCACUUACAGAAUCUUACAAAAUUAAGAUAUCUUCAUCUCGAUGAGGUGGAUUUGUCUUUAGUUGCACCUGGCUCUUUGCUGAACUUGUCUUCUACUCUGAUAUCUCUUUUAGUUGGUUAUACUAGUCUGCAAGGCAGGUUUCCAAAUGAUGUUUUCCGCCUUCCGUUCCUCCAGAAGUUGAGUUUGACCAGAAAUGAAGAUCUUAGAGGUGAUUUAUCAAAGUCUAACUGGAGCAGUUCCCUUAGAUUCUUAGAUCUCUCUGAUACAAGUUUCUCAGGACAAUUACCUGACACAAACAGCGAUCUUAUAUACUUGAAUGUGUUGGAUCUUCAUGGGAAUGAAUUCACAGGUUCAAUUCCAACAUCACUUUGGAAUUGCACGUAUAUCACUUCUUUGGAUUUGUCAGGCAAUAAUUUUACGGGCGAAGUUGCAAUGUCAUUAUCUAAACUUAGUCAGCUCAGAAGUUUAGAUCUUAGUGGCAACAGUUUUUCAAGACAGAUUCCAGAUGUUUUUGGCAACCUUAGCAAAUUAACCUACCUAGAUCUUUCAUUCAACAAUUUCAAUGGUCAGUUGCCAUCUUCAGCAUUCAACCUCCCACAACUUUCGGUUUUACGCUUUUCCAAAAACCAAUUUGAAGGUCAUAUUCCAUAUCAAGUAAGUGGUCUUUCAAAUCUACUUUCUCUUGGCCUAUCUAAUAAUUUUCUAGACGGAAGAGUUCCCUCUUGGUUAUUUACUCUGCCAUCUUUGGAGACAGUGGACCUUACAAAUAAAAACUCACAGGUCCGAUUGAGGGGUUCCAUCAGCCUAGUUCUGUGA